UUUUUUUAAUGACUUGGUCAGUUUGAGGCCUAAAAAUGUUGCGAACGGUUUGUUUAUUCGUUAUAAUUGGGUUGGCAAUUGCCAAACAUGAGGUGUAUGAAGGCUACGGUCUCUACAAAGUAUCCGUGAAGACCACGGAUCAAGUGGAACUGGUAAACUACCUCAGCAAGGCUUUAGACCUAGAUGUCUGGUCUCAUGCGAUACCCGGCCACGAUGGCCAGGUCCUCGUACCAAAAGACAAGAAACCGCUGUUCCAAAAUGAACUCAAAGCUGCUGGUGUAGAGUUCCAAAUUGAAUCCGACAAUAUUAAGGAUAUCCUGGACUUAGAAGACCAGUUGCUUUCGGAAGCAGCAAGAAAGAACAAUGGUUCAAGAUUGGAUUCUCUACCCUUUGACCAGAUUUAUACUUACCAUCAGGUGGACACCUUCCUGGAUAUGCUGGCUGAAGCUUACCCAGAAACUGUGACCCUGGUCAAUGCUGGCAAGAGUUUUGAAGGCAGAGACAUUAAGUACAUCAAGAUCUCCAGCGGCGAUUUUGAGACCUCGACAAAACCAAUAGUGUUUUUGGAAUCACUUCUCCACGCCCGCGAAUGGAUCACUCUGCCGGCCACUCUUUACGCCAUUCAUAAGCUGGUGAUUGACGUCACCGAGCAGGAUCUCAUCCAGGAUAUCGACUGGAUCAUUCUACCUAUAGCCAACCCUGAUGGUUAUGUCCAUACUCACGGAGAGUUCCGUCUUUGGCGUAAAAACCGCAACACAAACCUUGGUGUCGGCUGCAUGGGCGUGGACCUGAACAGGAACUUCGACAUCAACUGGUCAGAAGCCUCUAGCAACAUCCCUUGCCUCGAUACUUACCAUGGAAGAGGCCCCUUCUCCGAACCAGAAACUUCCAUCAUCAAAUCCGUGUUCGACCAAUACAGUGAUAGGAUCGGAUUGUUCCUGGACAUCCACAGCUUUGGAAGCAUGAUUUUGUAUGGAUAUGGAAAUGGAGUUCUACCUCCAAAUGGCCUCAUGGUCCAUUUACUAGGAGUCAGGAUGGCAGAGUCCAUUGAUGCUGUUAAAAUGAGCUGGAAUCCUAACUAUGUUGUUGGUAACGUUGCCUUGGUACUGUAUGAUGCUUCAGGCAGCGCUGGUGAUUAUGCCCAGUCUGUUGGUGUACCUUACUCCUAUACUUACGAACUUCCUGGACAUAGAUUUGGUAUUGGAGGAUUCGGUUUCUUCGUAGACCCUGCGUUUAUCGAACAGGCUGGUUUUGAAACCUGGGAAGUGCCCACUGCUGAGCAAAGGCCUCUUCUCAUACGGAGAAGUUACAAAGUAUAUAAUAUAGAAUUGGAAACGGUACAACAGCAGGAAAAUAUAAGGAUAUUGAAGAGUGAUUUAAUAGACUUCUGGAGAUUCCCAAACUACAAAUAUGGCGUCUUGGGCCAGGUUAUGGUACCGCCUUCUCAUUUUAUCUGGUUCGAGGAGAAAUUGGAAGAGCUGGGUAUAAACAGAGAUGUUUAUAUUGAAGACGUAUACCAGUAUUUAUCUGAAGUGGAGAAUAGGACGAGUCUAUCGAGGAAUGUAGAGGAAAAGUAUUAUUUUGAUGUCAACAAGUACCACAGAUACGAUAAUAUCCUGACAUACCUUCGAAAAUUAGAACAGGAAUCAGCUGAUUCUUUAUCUAAGGUGGAACUUGUUGAAUAUGGGGUUACGGCCGAGAAUCGACCACUCGUCUAUUUGAGGGUAGGUCGAGGAGCUAAUGACAAUAAUAGUCCAGAAAGACCUAUAAUUGUUAUAGAAUCUGCCACAAAUCCAAGAGAUUGGGUGACUAUUCCAGCUGCGUUGAAUAUAGUGGAAAAUCUUUUGAAGGAGUCAAGAUUUUUGGAAAAUGUAGAAUGGAUCAUAAUUCCCGUUUUGAAUCCAGACGGGUAUGAAUACACUCAUACUAAUCUUCGCCUCUGGCAGAAAUCUCGAAGCACCAACAGCAAUAUGGGACACAUUUGCCCCGGUGUCAACAUUAAUCGCAACUUUGACUACGACUGGCAGAAUUUUGACGCCAGUUCAAGUCCAUGCAGCCAUGUAUACGCUGGAGUGGAACCAUUCUCUGAAAUCGAAAGUCGUAUGAUUCAAGAUAUAAUCAACAAAAACGCUCCUAGAGUAAAACUUUAUAUGUCCUUACAAAAUAAUGGAGGCUACAUUUCAAUUCCUUGGUAUUAUGAAAAAGCUGCUAGUGGUAUGUUCAGACAACAGUAUCUUUUAGGGCUAGAAAUGGUUAAAACCAUGAACAACGCCUACAACAUAGAUGUAGGGUCAGUCAUAUUCGAUAGAAUAUCUGGCACUAGUGUAGAUUACGUUAGAAGUAAAGCAGUGUUAUAUACUUAUAAUUUUGAUCUAGUACAACGUGGUAAUGGUGUUAUUAUACCCGAGGAAGAUAUUAGUGAUAUCGUAGAAGAUGUUUGGAAAGCUACUGCAGUUGCUGCAGAAGAAAUUAUUCGAUUAUACAGUACAAAUUAUUUCGUGUUUUUUUUACACCAAACCUUUUUUCUCGACACCUCUUUUGAAUGUAUAUAA